AUGGCGCAGGGGUUGAAGAGGCACGCUGUUAAUUUGCUACACUUCUUUGUAGAAGAUUGGUUUAUUUCUGCUUUACUUGGUUGUAUAACUGCAGCACUUUCUAUAUCUGUAGAUGUUAGCUAUGAAUAUUUGAAUCACUAUCGCGCUGUUCUCUUUGACUUUGCCCGUGAUUACGAUAAAAUGCUCGGUUUUGUUUCAUGGGUUGGUUAUCUAGGAUUUUUUGUUACAGCAGCAGCUCUAGUAUGUAAAUAUAUUUCUCCUCAAGCUAUUGGUUCUGGCAUUCCCGAAGUGAAAGUAAUUAUGAAUGGCUUUUUUCUUCCCAAUUAUUUAACUAUGAGGACAUUAGUAGCUAAAGUGCUUUCCUUGACUUUAACGUUGGGAAGCGGUUUACCUGUUGGAAAAGAGGCAAGUUUUGGGGGCCAUUCGUCCACAUGGGGGCAAUUGUUGGUAAAAAAUAUUUUAAAAAUUCGUAUAAAAAUUGGAAAAAAAAUUAUAGGCCAUUUGUUAAGUAAAUUAACAAAAGCAUGGCAGAGCACAGCAUUUUUCUCAAAUGAGGGGAGAGAAAUAGAAAUUCUGGCUUCUGGUUGUUCUGUUGGAAUUGCUUGUACUUUUAGUUCUCCUGCUGGAGCAGUUUUGUACGGAAUUGAAUGUACACAUAAAUAUUUUGCUGUAAAAAAUUAUUGGCGAGCUUUCUUUGCUACAACUUGUAGUGCUUUGAUUUUUCGUUUUGCUAAUGCUGCAAUUAUUCCCCCACAUAUUGCUGGCACAAUAACUGCUUAUUAUCAAACUAGCUUUCCUAAUGAAGUCUUUUUAGUUGAAGAAAUUAUAUGUUUUGUAAUUAUUGGCAAAAUUUUGAAUUUAUUGAGAAAAAAGUUAUGGCCAAAAAACGUGCGAAGGUCAUGAUUAUUGACAAAUUUAUUAAGAUUUUUGACCUUAACCCUUUUCUGUCAUUUUCCUAAAUUUUUCUUACUGAGCUUAUUUUGUAGCAAUUUUUCUCCUCUAUCAAAUGGUCUUUAAAUUAUUCGAAAUGAUCAACCUAUACUUGAGUUAUAAGGCAAAACCUUACUCAUUGUCUUCCACCAUUUUCAACCUCAUGUUCUUUCCU